AUGCCAACUUACCGCAGCGUUUCCACCUGCAUUCAAAACUUUGAGACCACAACUAGCAGCCAACGGCUGAGUACAAGCGAUCAUUCCCUCAGUACCAUGAACAACACUUCUCCUACUCGGAGCGGGGCCACUUUGAACGCCACUCUGAACGCCAGUCUGUGGGAGCGGCCGCUUGAAGCCACUUUUCCGAGAAAUAGUCCGUGCUUCAGCCUCUCAAAAAAUUCAUCAUUGAAACCUGGUAAAAGGCGAUCAACAGCUUUUACACGCUUCUCUAGCACCAUCUCAAACAAUGGUAGUACAUUUUCCCCAGCAUUACUUGCGCGAGCUCGUAACUUGGCAGCAGAACAUGAUCGAUUGAGUAGUGAAACCUCCGAGUCAUUCAACGCCAAGGUUGCAAAACGAAUUGGAGAAUUACAAGACGUAGCGACAGCCUUGAAGAAAUGGGAAGAAACAAAAGAGUCACUAUCAGAGCUAGAUGCAUUAUUACAGGAUUCAUCAACGGAUGAAGAACUACGGGAGUUAGCAGUCGAAGAUCUCACCACCACGACCGCACAUCUCGAAGAAUUAUCUCGAAAUCUCACGACCAGUCUUACCCCCAAACAUCCUUUCGCGGAACUACCAUGCCUCGUUGAAAUUCGACCUGGAGCUGGAGGGGGUGAAGCUGCCAUUUUUGCCGCGGAUCUCCUACGCAUGUAUAGAGCAUAUUGUGCGCGCAAACGAUUUCGCUCCACGAUCAUCAAAUAUGAAACCGCUGAUGGUGAGGGUGCUGGCUCCGAUUCGCCGAUCUCCGAAGUCGUACUCGAAAUCGAAACACCCGGAUCCUACGAUUCUUUACGCGGCGAGGCUGGCGUCCAUCGAGUUCAAAGAGUUCCUGCGACGGAAAAACAAGGAAGAACACAUACUAGUGCGGUGAGUGUGAUGGUAUUACCUAGUUUCCCCACGACGGGACAGGAGGGGCAGGAAUAUUGGGAAGCAGAUUUGAAUGAUCCGAAUAGUGAUUAUUAUGUCAAUCCGGCGGAUGUAAGGACAGAUGUUAUGAGAGCGAGGGGAGCAGGUGGUCAACACGUUAAUACAACUGAUUCGGCGGUUCGUUUAACGCAUGUACCUACCAAUACAGUAGUCAGCAUGCAAGAAGGGCGGAGUCAACUUCAAAAUCGACAAAAAGCGUGGCAAGUAUUGCGGUCCAGACUAGCGGCUGCAAAACGGGAAGCUAGAGAAGAGCAAUUGAUUAAUUUGAGGAGAAGUGUGAUUGGAGUUGCGAAAAUGGGAAGAGGUGAUAAGAUUAGGACGUAUAAUUGGGGACAGCAGAGAGUCACGGAUCACAGAAGUGGAUUGAGUGUGCACAAUUUGGAUGAUGUUAUGGAAGGAGGUGAUGAACUAGAGAAAGUCAUUGAUAGUGUCAAGGCUUGGUUUUCAGAGCAGGAAAUCUUGGGGUUACUUGCUGAUGAGGAAUCUUCUAGGAAUACAGAAUAG